AAUAUAUUAUAACAAAAUCUCCUCGCAAGUUAGUAGAUAACAUUCUCCUCACGAAUCUUUUUAACAGCCCUCGCCUGCAAUAUUCUCUGUUAUCGAGUCCACGUCGCUUCUCCGUUCCGGAAUAUAUCACCACGAGUGCACUAAACAUACUAUCUGUCAAAGACUUCAAUAAUAACUCUGGAAUCAAGAUGAAGACCUUUAUCGUCUCCGCUCUUGCGGCCCUCGCCCCAAUUGCUGCUUUUGCCGCGCCAGCUAAUACAAGCGUAACCGUCUCCUACGACACGAAAUACGACAAUGCUGGUCUGGAUCUUGACACAACUUCUUGCUCAGACGGCCAAUACGGACUCGUAACAAAGGGCUACAAGACUGCUGGCGCGCUACCCUCUUUCCCAAAUAUCGGCGGUGCCUUUACUGUUCCCGGAUGGAACAGUCCAAACUGCGGCAAAUGCUACCAGCUCAGCUGGGAGGGCAAGAGCAUCUAUGUUACAGCAGUGGAUCACACAGCGGAGGGAUUCAACAUCGGACAGAAGGCCUUGGAUACCCUGACCGGUGGACUUGCGGUGCAGGUCGGAAGAGUGACUGCCACUUAUUCUGAGGCGGAUCCUUCGAGCUGCGGCCUGUAAAACGAUCGGAAGUACGACGAAGAGACUCGAUGGGAAGUGGUAUAACGGAGGCGUAAAUAGUUUUAGAAGAUGGAAGCUCAGGGUGCAUCAUUUCUGGCUUCUUUUCUUUUUUAUUCUUGUUUUCUUCCUUUCUUUUCCUUCCCGAGAUUCUAUGGCAAGGAGAUUUCGCAUACCCUUUCUUGUCAUAUCCAUUCCUUGUAUAAUGCGGUGAGAAACCAAUUGUUGCAUGAUGCAUGAUCUAGGAUCUUAAUUUGAUGUUUUUUUUUUUUUUUACCGAUUCUUAACCCU